AAUCUAAUGUUAAGACAUCUGCCUUGUACUGGAAUUACUGGGGCCAGACCUUCGUUGUUGGCAAGUAUGUAUGGGGAACCCUGGUCUCUCCUUCACCUGUGUCAAACGGCUCAUCACACAGGUUCUUGAGGGUCUGGACUACCUGCACACACACUGUAAAAUCAUCCACACGGACAUCAAGCCUGAGAACAUCCUGCUGUGCUUGGAGCCGCAGUCCCGCGUGUGCACUGCAGAGGGCGCAUCACACAAGUUUCUGGGCUAUGUGGCUCCAGUGGAGAAUAGCACAGAGACAAGGAAAUUCAACUUAGACAAAAUCAAAGUGAAGAUAGCAGACUUAGGCAGUUCUUGUUGGGUGUACAAGCACUUCUGCGAGGAGAUCCAGACCCGACAGUACCGCUCUCUGGAGGUUCUGCUGGGUUGUGACUACGGUCCUCCAGCUGACGUCUGGAGUGUGGCCUGCAUGGCUUUUGAGCUUGUAACUGGUGACGCACUGUUUGAGCCCAAACCAGGCAAGGGCUUUUCACUGGAGGAAGAUCAUAUUGCUCACAUCAUUGAACUUCUGGGCAAGAUUCCCCCUGCAAUUGCACUAUCUGGAAAAUAUUCCUUUGAGUACUUCAACCGCAGGGGUGACCUGCAUCGGAUUGCUGUUCUGCGGCCGUGGAGCUUGUACGAGGUGCUGGUGGAGAAAUACCACGUCCCGCUGAGGGAGGCGUGUCUCUUUGCUGACUUUCUGCUGCACAUGUUAGACUUCCUGCCAGAGAGACGGGCCACUGCAGCUCAGUGUCUCAAACAUCCUUGGCUCAGUCUGGCACAGGACCCACUGGCUCACGGCACCGCACACUGAGACUUCCUGCACCCCCCCCCCCCCCCCCCCCCUGACAUAUGGAGACCUGCACACAGUAUUAUUUCAUUUGGCAUUAAUGAGUGAACUGCAAGACUGUAUGCUGUAUUUUCUCAAGUUUUAAACUUGAAUUUUUUUAAUUGCACAUUUUCAUGAAAGACUAGUGUGUGUGUGUGUGUGUGUGUGUGUGU